CUCCCCCUCUGCUUUCCUCUGCUCUCGAGGUGCUGAAACGUCGCCUCUCUCGUUUCAGCGCAAGCAACUAUGGCUGAAAUAAAGACGGGCAUAUUUGCCAAAAACGUCCAAAAAAGGAUCAGUCGUGCGCAAGAAAAGGUUCUGCAGAAGUUGGGAAAGGCAGAUGAGACAAAAGAUGAACAGUUUGAGCAGUGUGUGCAGAACUUCAAAAGACAGGAGUCUGAAGGUGUGAGGCUACAGAGGGAGAUGAAGGCUUACAUAGCAGCUGUGAAAGCGAUGCAGCAAGCUUCUAUGAACCUGACAGAGUCAUUACAUGAAGUAUAUGAGCCUGAAUGGUAUGGCAAGGAUGACGUCAUGACCAUCGGAAAGAACUGUGAUGCGCUAUGGGAGGACUUUCAUGAGAAGCUUGUCGACUCUACACUAAACGCACUGGAAAUGUACCUGACACAGUUUCCAGAUCUUAAGACGCGGGUAGCAAAGAGAAGCAGAAAGUUAAUUGACUAUGACAGUGCGAGGCACCAUCUUGAGACCCUGCAGGCUACUACAGUGCGGAGCGAGAAGAAGAUAGCUAAAGCAGAGGAGGAUUUGAAAAAGGCCCAAAGGGUUUUUGAUGAUCUGAACGUUGGUCUGCAGGAUGAGCUGCCUACACUCUGGGACAGUCGGGUUGGGUUCUAUGUAAGCACCUUCAAGAACGUCUCAGGCCUGGAAGCCAGAUUCCAUAAGGAGAUCUCUUUUCUCUGUCACAAGCUGUAUGAAGUGAUGAAUAAACUCGCUGAGCAGCACUCUGAUAAAAUGUUCACCAUUCAAGGCGCACCCAGUGACUCUGGACCACUGCGAUUAGCCAGGACUCCCACCCCUCCUGACGAUGACAGUUCAGACAGCAGCCCAGCUGCCAGCCCCAACCACACACUGAGGCCCACAUCCCCUGGCCCACCUCGACCCAAAUCACCUUCACAAGUAGGGCCCGAAAUACACCAGAUAUUUCUCAAGAUGGGACCUCCAAAACCUCCUCCUCCAAAAGUUACUCCAACCAGAGAGCUACACCAGGAGCAGAUAAUCGACCUUUUCGAUGGAGGCUUUCCUGAGAUCAGCGUUACAUCACCACAGCCAAACGAGAAACCUGGAGAAUCUCUCCUGGACAUGGAUUUUGAUCCAUUCAAGCCUGAUGCCAAUGCACCUAUCGGGCAAACCCAGUCACCCAUGUCUCAGGCAUUAUCUUGGGACCUUUGGGCGGAAAAUGCUGAGCCUGCACAGCCUGCUGCAGAUGCUGGCUUUACUGCCAACUGGGCAGCUGAUUUUGGAUCUCCUGCAACCACGGGUGCCGAGGAAUCUGCAAAUGUUCAGCCUGCCGUGGAUGGACAGGGUUGGCCACCUGCAGAUGGCUGGCCUCCAGCAGAAGCACCACAGCCUCAGGGAGAGGCAACCACAGAUGAGGUGUCCAACAAGGCUUUUAAUGGAUUUUCUAAGACGGAUGCAACAUUCCCAACAUUUGCAGUUGACUUCAAUAAGAUGUCUGAGGCUGAGGCCCCAGAGGCUGAUGUAACUGAAGAAGAAGUUGAAGCGGCUCCAGCCUCAGUACCUGAGGUCCCUGAGGUGUCUGAGAGCCCCGUCACCACCCCCCCUACAGACACCCAACCAGCAGAGAUCACUGCUUCAAGCCCUCCUGCAGAAACAGCCACUAGCCCUGUGGAGUCUCCAGUGUCUGCUGAGACUGAAGCAGCUGAGCAGACUGAGCUCCCAACUGAAGACAUACAAAAGGAGCAACCUGAUCAAGCAUCCCCGGAAUCUCCUCCAAUCCAAGAAACAGAGGAGACAUCAUCAGAGACAAUUCUGGCUACUGCAGAAGAUAAAGAGUCUCCCAUUGAAGAGACUCCGACCAUAGAUGCCAAACCGGAGGAAGAGGCCAGUUCAGUAGAUGUCAAACAAGAAGAGCCUGAUAGUGUUGAGUCCGAACCAGGAGAUGAACCAGAUAAUGUUGAGACCCAACCAGGAGAUGUUCCUGAUCAUAUUGAGUCCGAACCAGGAGAUGUCCCUGGUAAUGUUGAGCCCCAACCGGGGGAUGAAACCAGUAAGGAAAGUGCUGCAAACAAUGGGAAAGAGGAGGAGAAGAUGCCCAUCCCUUCAGUUGUUAUUGAACCUGCCUCUAGCAAUGAGGGUGAUGAUGAUCGUGAUGGUGAUUUCACAUCUCCGAUAACAGCAAGCGGUAACGGAGUGAUACCAGAAUGCCCGACACCUGAAGACGUCCCCUCUGGAAUGCCCCGUGGCUUCCUUUACAAGGUGGAAACAUUGCAUGAUUUUGAAGCAGCAAACCCAGAUGAGCUGGAGCUGAAAAAAGGAGACAUUGUUUUGGUAGUACCCACAGAACAUCCUGAAGAUCAGGAUGCCGGUUGGCUCACUGGUAUGAAAGAGAGCGAAUGGUUACAGCUGGGUACCUCGGCUCACAAAGGACUGUUUCCUGAAAACUUUACACAGCGUCUGGAUUAAACACCCUUAGCGGCAUGCGGAUCUGGACAUUUGCAGACAGACCUGCCCAACGGGAAGUCUGACGUACUGAUGACAGCUGUCAAUCAGACCUGGAAAUAACACGUAAAAGGAAAUAAUGAAGCAAGUGGAGAUACAAAUAACAAAUAACUACUCAGAAAAUAUCUAAGCAUGACGUGAUAGUAUGGUCAACCCUUCUCGCGAAACCAAGAUAUCCUUGUUUUUGUUUGUUUAGCUGUGAACAGCAAUGAAUUGAUGUGUGCUUUGUUGGAUCUCUGGUGACCUCCACAUGUAAUCUCUGUCUGAUCUAAAGUGAAAGUUUCCCCUCUGACGACAAAAAAUACCUAAUCCUCUCUGCACCAAGUGUGUUGUAUUGACUUUGUUGCCCUGCAGCGGAUUUGAGCAGAAUUUGUAGUGAUAUGAUCUAUUUAACCAUUCUAAGUGUUACACGAAACUUAGGUGUUUUCUUUCGGAUAUAAAUGUUACAUUGCAUCAUUGUUAGUGUUCUCUGUAGUUUCACGGCUGGCCGUGCGCGGCUCUGGUGGUGGUAUUUGGCAUACUUGAUAUUGUUUUGGGACAAGACUUUUAGUGUUUAUGCCAAAUUCAUUGAAGAAAAUGGAUAUCUGUUCAGUUUAUAGCAUGAAAAAAUGUUCUGAGAUGAAAUCUGAAAUAUUGCACCUGGCAAAUUCAGCUUUGCAAAACACAAAAUGUAGCGCCCUACAAUAUGUGUAUUAUAUUCACAGUUACAUUUAUUCAGAAUUUAUUCUUGAACGGAUGUGGAAAGAUUAAUUUGUGAAUGCUGUUUCACGAUCGAGGAAAUUGUAUUUAUUUAACUUUAUAUUUUUAAGCCAAUGAAAAGUGGGAAAGUUUACGGGUGGGGAAUCUAAAAAAUAUGCAAUAUAUGUGAUGGCUUGAUAGAGUAGCCAUUGUCAUUACUGUUGGGUUCUGAGACAAAAACAGCAUCACUCUUGUGUUUGUAUUGUUAACCUCACUGUAGAGCAUUUCUGUGAUGUACAUAUCUGUGCUAAUUUAUCUGUAAAGUGAAUAAAGAAUAGUUCAUAUGA